UUUCAGAUUUAGCGAGCAGUAUUUAACAUUUUUUUGCUAAAAAUUUGAAAAUGCCUUUCUUCGGUUCAAAGAAGAGUUCGUCAGCAUCUUACCCACAACAAGGGGGUUCACAAUACCCUGCUGCCCCACCCCCCUACCAAGCAGUCCCACCCCAAGGACAACCCAUGGGGUAUGCUGGGGCCCCACCCCCUCAAGGUUACCCUGCUGGCCCCCCACCCCCUCAAGGUUACCCCGCUGGCCCCCCACCCCAGGGCUACCCCACCGGUGCACCCCCACAAGGAUACCCUACAGGGGCACCUCCCCAAAAUAUGCAAUAUGGCCCACAGACAGUAGUUGUACAAGGAGGAUUUGAUGCUGGAGCAAGGUUUGAUCAUGGACAAGCUUCAAUACCGCCUCCACCACCAGGCUGCGCACCAACAGCAGGGCAAAUAGCAGCAGCACAAGGACAUAACGUUGUAGUGACUCAACGCAAAGAUGAUUUCCUAUCAGGGGGAAGUGGCGGAGGAUACACCUUCUUCUGAGCUAACCAAACUUAUACCAUUCCAUGCACUAACUGUAUAUUCCACGUUUUAACUUUUGAUUGUACAUUUCAUGUUUUAAUUCUAUAUCUACUUUACCCCAAACCUAAACAGAUAAUUUUACAUUAAUUUUUAUACUUCGUUAGUAGUUACUACCUGAGUUGAUGAUUUUACUUUGAUUACUAACUCUGUAACUAGCUUAGGGUAUAUAUAAUCAACUAAAUGAAAUAACCAAUUCUUUUAUAUCACACAAACAAUACAAAAACAGGCUUUAUUUUAACUAAUAUUUAGUUUAAAAGGGAUCUUAUGGCAAUUGUUAUAAUUAUAAUUUUAAGUUUUAAAAAGUGUUGAACUAUAAAAAGAUUUUAAAUUACAAAAAUUAAUUAUCAUUUUAAAAUACAAAAAUUGCCAAAGAUCUCUUUCUGACUUGCAAUACGCCUGGCAGCAACAACAUAUAUAAAACUUGUGCUUCUCCACUUUCCAUUGCCCCAGCUUUCAAUUUUUUACCAUCACACGGACAAUCAGGCUUUAAAUCUAUUAUUCACGACCCAUAAGGGCUAGCCAGAGCCGCAUUAAUAUCCCAAACAAAGUCCGUCAUUUGCGCAACAAGUGUUUCAAGUUGUUUGUUCUUCAUACAAAGUUUCAUUUCCAAGUCUUUCUUUCUACUUUGCAAAACCUGUACAUAAUGUUAUCAUUAGUUGUAAUCAGUAUAUUGCAUCUUUAAAUAAAAGUAGAAUUACUGUCGUUACUUAAGAAAAGUUUUACAAACCAAAACAUUAAAAACUACUUUUUUAUCUUCAAUAUUGUUGUUAAAUUUUGUGAAAAAACAAUAGUUUGUUUGAAAAAACGUUAUUUUUUUAAAAUACAGAAUUUUUAUAUUUACCAAUUCUUUGUGAGAUUUCAACGCCUGUUCAUGCUCAGUGUUGGGAAUCUCCCUAAAACGAUAAUAUAAUAAUAAAAUUAAAUAUGCAAAUGAAUAUUAUAAACAACAAAAGUUCAUUUUUGUUUUACAAAUUGUUAAGAAAAAAAAAGUUUAUGUUUAAUUUUGUUUGUAUUCAAUUUACUGUUACUUUGAUUAAAGUUUAUUCUUAACUGGGCACUCGUAUGCAAAUUUUAUAAUAAAAGGUAACCGGUCGUAGUGUA